AUGUCGCAAGCCUACCAGCCCCCUCCCAGUGGCUCCGGCGGCGGCGCUGGCGCCAGCAGCGGUGUUGCCUUCGAGGACACCACCAAGCCAGUUGCCUACCUGUGCGGCGACUGCGAUGCCAAGGUUAUCCUGCGCCGCGGCGACCAGAUUAUGUGCCGCGAGUGCGGCCACCGCGUGCUCUACAAGGAGCGGACGAACAGGAUGGUCCAAUUUGAGGCACGCUAG